AUGCUGCGCGAUAACCACGGAACUCGCUAUGGGAGCCGAUCAGCCAGCAAGAAUCACAAGCUACCUAGCUUAGAUAGUGUUGGGGAUGUAAAGCCUCUCGCCCUAAACUGUGAGCGCUCGGGAGAGCUUGCUUAUGUCAACGGGCUGGAACUGACCCAUGCCAAGAAAAGUAAUGUGACUGUGCAAUUUCUCUCACUAGUAAAAGGCUCAGUUGAACGCUGUCAGGUCAGACUGGACCCCGAGCAACCUGCAGAAUCACCCCAGCGAAUCAUUGUCAAGGAGUUGCUUCCGCUCGAGAUUCACCACCACUUCGCUCACUUCACUAUCUAG